UGAAGGGGCACAAUACCAAGUGUCUUCUAUCCAAUCAAUUCCCACGAUAUCGCCGCCUUGCCCUCUUUCUUUCGUUUUCAUGGGUCCAAUCCAAGCACUCUCUCAAACAAAUAGAAAUAAUAACACUAAUAACAAAAAGAUUAAGAAAAAGAUAGGUCUUUUGUCUCCAAUAAAUUCCCCUUCGUUGGUGUUCUUCAGCUGCUCACAAGUUUUAUUCAAUUUCUCUCUCUUCCUACAGAGAUACCUCCCGUAGACAGAGAGUACAUCGGCUCUGCUGCCUUUCUCAAGCUGUACCGCUUGCUCCAGAAGGUUAAAUACACAGGCCCUCUCUCUCGCCCUUUCUAAGACAAAAACUCAGAUUGGCGGCCUUUUCAAAUACUAGCUAGCUAGCUCUAAGGGGGAAAAUAAAAGGAAAGAAAUUAAAACACACAUGGGGUGGUUUAAUUUCUCCUAACACUGAUUUUUGCUUGCAGAGAUGGAAUUGAUGAUCAGAAUCAUGGAAGCGUUGCAGCUGUUUUCAAACGAAUCACCUUAGACUUUAGAGGAAACCGGUGUUGUCAUUCUCAAGAUCAUAGUCCCACAAUCUAGCUCCUGAGGCUAGGGUUGUUCACUGCAAUACUAUAAAAGCUCUCAAAUGUUUCCUUCAAACAGCAAUGGCAACAAUGAUCCAGCCGCUUAUAUUGACCAAUCAAUUCUCCAUAGACAUUUUUCCACUGACAUCAUCCCAAUCCCAUACUCCAAACAGGAAGACCUUCCUCUUUCCUUUUUUCAUUUCCCCUCUCCCUAUUAUAAUCAAUUAGAGUUAAAACUCGAAGACCUUGAUGUUUUCCUCCAGCAACACCAUGAUCUGUUACUUCAUCAGCAUACCUUGAUGACUGAUAAUUCAGUUUCGGAGACUAUCAUUAACAUUCCUGAUUCCAGCAAGAGCGAGAAGUCAACCAUACACUGCACCAAAACAAGCCAUAAUGCCACUGAUCAACAGGUACCGCGAAAGAGAUCAUCUUCCAAGAGGGAUCGGCACAGCAAGAUUAGUACAGCUAACGGACCAAGAGAUAGGAGAAUGAGGCUGUCUCUUGAUGUUGCUCGAGACUUCUUUGGUCUGCAAGACAUGCUAGGCUAUGAUAAAGCCAGUAGAACUGUUGAAUGGUUACUCAUACAGGCCAAGCCAGAAAUCAAGAAGGUAGCUAGAAGGCAGCUUUCCCAGGUGAAUCAGAGCUUCAGCGUUGCAGCUGCAAAGAGUCCAUCUUCAACUUCAGAGGGUGAGGUGGUAUCUGGAAUUGACAAGACUGCUAUCGGAGGAAGCAUCUCUAAGGGGAAACCUUUAACAAAAGAGAAAAAGGUUAGGCAGCCACGUAAAACCACUUGCCGCCCUUUUGCAAGGGAUUUGAGGGAAAAGGCCAGGGCAAGGGCGAAGGCGAGGACAACAGCAAAGAUCAUGUGGACUCUUGAUGAAUCAAAGAUAUGUGAUGACACCAGAAACAGUGAUCUGAAUGAAUUCAGUUCUUGGAGUUCCUUUGAAACUGGGGAAGAAUCUGGUAUUCAAGAUCAUAACAGGAACAAUCCUUCCUUGCAGGCUGCUGUAGCUGAGGUUAAAGAGCUUAGCUCGCGCGAUCCUGAGCACAUAAGGAUUCAUGGGGAUAUGGUUGAUGAAGCUGUGGCAAUAAUGAAUACGUGGAGCCCAAAUUCGAUUUUCAAUUGUCUACAAAACGCUGGAAUUAACCAAGAGUAUCAACUCACAGGCUUUCAGUCCUUUGGCAAACCAUGGGAGGCCUAGAACAAUAAAAAUCUGUGAUAACGUGUGUUUUCUCUUACUUCUUCAGCUCUUUGAUGU